AAUUCUUCCACACUAAGGAGCCGGAACUUUCCGCCUCAAGCAGUUGCUUCCGGACGCCGCAUUCCGGAAGUGAGUGCGUAGAGGGAGAUUCGAUUUCCUUUUUCCACCUUUGACCACUGUGGAACUGGUUUUGCGCUUGUUCCGUGGCGGCGGGAUCGAUCAUGAAGAAGCAUUUUCUCAAGGUGGCUGCUGAGAAGCUUACGGAAACCUGCCCGGGCCAGGCCCGGUAUCUCCUUUGGAUGUACAGUUCCUCGCUUGGUGAAAAUACAGUUUCAGAAGGCCAGUGUCCAUAUUGUUACCAGUUUCUGGUGCUGGAUAAAUACAGAGUUCGCCUCAAGCCAAAGCCAAAACUAACACCAAAAGUAAAGAAAGUUCUUAAUCGAGAAUCGAAAAAUUGUAGACUCAAUUUUAAAGAAGCAAAGAUUCUUAAAAAGUACAAUGACUCCAGAAGCAUUCUGUUGGUUACCUGUAAAGCAUGCAACAAAACAGUGAGAUAUGAUGGUAAAAGCAGAAGCUUCUUGGAAGAAAUGAAAAAUAGUCUUAGCACUCCCAAGAUUAAGCCUGGCAUGAAGACACCAGACAUAAAAUCUUCAGGAUCUACAAAGAAAAAGAAGAAAUCCUUCAGUAGUAAUAAAUCCAGUUCCAAAGACAAUAGUCCAGCAUUAAUUUUCAGAACACCUACAUCAGGACAGUCAACACCCAGUUCCUCCUCAAAGAGUCUCAAUAAAAUGAAGCGUCAUUUGUCUCAGCUGAAAAUGCUGCUCAAUAGUGAAGAAAGCCAAAAAACUCCAUCAAAGGAUUUCCGAAAUUUCUUGUCCUCACUCUGAGCAAUGAAUUUGGUGAUGAACAUUAAUAGUUGUUGAUUUUGGAGCAGUUGCUGAAAGAGGAAAGACUGAUUUUUCCUGACAGUUUUAGGUUUUCUGGAUAUCUGUAGCAAAAAAUUAUCUUUGACAUCCUUUUCCGUACUUAUUAACUGAUGCUCCUGGACUGCCCGGCACAUAGAAGGAACUUAAAUAUUUGGCCAGUUGUGCUAGGCCACCCUGGGAAGGAUAACACCAUGGAAAUGAUACAGAAAUCUUUUCCAGCUUACCAUAUGGUUUUUACAAGGUGCAGAUUAGAUAAUCUAUGAGAUCACAUUCUAACAUUAAUGUUUUACAUACUUAACAUGUGGCAAGAUGGUGGUGUAUUUAUUUUUUAAAGGUGAUACAAAAUCAGUUUAAUCAUUUACAUACUUUUUUUCUGAAGAAAAUUAGUAUCUACUACCAAAAUGUUUACUGAGUCUUAAGCAAUUCUAAGGAUUAGAUUCAUCUUUACUCAUUCAUUUUACUACAUCAUUGGUUUGUACUGAAAACCUUUUUUUUUGUUUUUAAAAAUUUUAAUGAAUUAGAAAAUAUUGGAUUAAAGGAGGACAUAUAAGUUAUUCUUAGUUGCUCAGAGUAGUUUCUAUUAGCUACAUGUAUGUAUAAGCCCAUUUGUAUUCAAUAGUUUCAUUAAGCUAUAUUUGCAAAUUUCCCACCCACCUUUCACUGAACAAGGAGCAACAAAACAAACCCAAAAAAUGUUUUUUAAUGAAAAUCUUGACAUUUAUUUGGUCUUACUAUAGUAUAGUGGUAGUCUCUCGUUAACCGAGGAUGACGAUUGUCUUUGUGCGUUUUCAUCUAUGGUGUAUAGAUGAGUGUGCGCAGACACUUGUGCAUGAAGGAGAUUUAAGUGGAAAAGUCGAUGCACAGAGACAGUCCCACUCUCAGAAUAUGAUCUAACAAGUCUUGACACUUUAACCAUCAUUUUGUGAAGGAAAAAAGCCACUAAAAAUCUCUAAUACAAGUGUAGUUUAAAAAGACAGAAUCACUGAUCUCACAUCUUCUCCCAUUGACCACAACUGAGUGAUAAGACUUGUCUGUAGACUUCAGAAAAAUAGUAUUCACAGGUCUUCAAGAGAGUUCUGCAAAAACAGAAUCCUACUGAGCAAAUGGGGGAAAGUCUGAGAUACAUAUAAUGGAUGGUUCAGGUCUGAGUCUAAUCUUAUUCAUCACAUCAAAAAAUAAUUGUAGAAUAGCAAAGACUGGAACUUGGAAGGGAAAGAGAAAAGGAGGAGAAAUAUGUUAUCUCUUAUCUCUUCUUGUUAAGGAUAGAAAUACCGUCUGCACAUUCUCCUUUAGAGAGAGAUGUAAAUACAUACAACUUGUAGUCACAUCUGUCUCCCCAAUCCUAGUUUAUUCUUGGAAAAAUGUUUCGCCUAAGAAGAUACUUUAAUUUGUUUCAGGGGAAACAAUUUAAAAAUUAUUUCAUAACAUAAUAUAGUAGCUUCAGUUUGUUUUUUUCCAGUAAAAUUUUAUCCUAAGUUAAAAUGGUACUGAAGCUUUCUUCAGAUUAUUUAAAUGAUUAAACUGCUUUGGAUUAUG